AUGAGCAAAGGCCAGUGCUACCGGGAGACAAAUUACAUCAGGCCCACCGAGGAAGAGGGCAGGACGGCGGCAGGCGGUGACCGGAGCACGAAAACAUCAGCUAGGGCACGCGUGGGUGCGAGCGUGGCAGCGGAGCGCUCCCCUGGACAGUUGAACGGCUGGAGCAUCCCCAACCACGCCGCGGAGAGAGAAGAGGCUCGCGGCUCCGGGGAUCAGCCCCUGCGUGGCAGUGUCACGAGCCGCGCCGAGCCCCGCACUACACUACUUUCCUGUUCCGCCGCCGGACCGACCGUCUCGCAGUACUCACGUGAGGCCUGGGACGAUGGACCCGUUUACGGAGCUGUCAGCCUUCGGCCCACCGGCGGGCCGCGCGGCGCGUGCGCAGAGCGAGCGUGCAGCCGGGCGGAAGCCGUGGGGUCGCGGUCGUCCCGGCGUCGCUGCACCGCCUGUGGCUCCUGCUGUUUCGGGAAGUUGCUGGAACGAACCCGUGCCAGACGGGAGAAUCUUCAGAGAAAAAUGGCUGAGAGGCCCACAGCAGCAGCAAGGUCUGCAUUGCAUGCUAAGCGAGGCAGAGAGCCACUUUCAGAAGCAAGCAAUCAGCAACCCCUACCUGGGAGUGAAGAGAAAUCUUGUACAAAACCAUCACCAUCAAAAAAACGAUGUUCUGACAAAACUGAAGUGGAAGCUUCGGACUUAGAAAAUAAAGAACCUGUUGAGUCAGCAGCACCAAAGCCUUGUUCUCCAAAGCCCGCACCCCGGCAGGUGCAGCCCCCAGCACCAGCUGCCGUCAGUGAAUCUGUGGCUGUCCUGGCAUCACCGCUCAGUGUGGACAGAGGGCUGAACUCAAGAUCAGAAGCAUCCACUGCCUCUUCAGUUAAAACUCGAAUGCAGAAACUUGCUGAGCAGCGGCGCCAUUGGGAUAGCGAGAUAGCAGAAGAUGUAUCCGAAAGCUCACACUUCUUACCAAUGCCAUCUGAGGAAAAGGCUGCCUCGCCUUCCAAGCCACCCCUGUCAAAUGCAUCAGCUACCCCAGUUGGGAGAAGGGGCCGUCUGGCCAACCUUGCUGCCACAAUUUGCUCCUGGGAAGAUGAUGUAAGCCACUCAUCUGCAAAGCAAAACAGAGUCCAAGAGCAGCCUGGUACUGCUUGUUUACCCAAGUCUUCCUGUGCAAGUGGAGCAUCUGCUAGCAUCAAUAGUAGCAGUGUUCAGCAGGAAGCUACAUGCUGUUCCCAAAGGGAUGGCAAUGCCUCUGUCAGGAAAGCCCCAUCUUCUAGUGCUGCCGAUGGACCAUUGCUUAAAGCCUCAGUGUCCAGCUCUGGGAAAGUGGCAUCUUCCCCUGUGAAAUCCGCUGUAGUCAGCACCAGUGCUAAAAACUGUGAGGUACAGAAUCCUGAGCUACUUCACAAAACCUCUAGUCCUCUGAAAACAGAGGCGUGGAGAGCAAGUGAGAAGCCAGCCGGAUCCCAGGCAGCUCAGCCCAAAGACGCAGCUAACAGAGAAGCUUGUCUGCAGUCCCACCCCAAGGACAAGCCUGCAACCCCAGGGGGAAGAGGAAUUAAACCUUUCCUGGAACGCUUUGGAGAGCGUUGUCAGGAACACAGUAAGGAAAGUCCAACUCCUAGAGCAUCCCAUAAAACCCCUAGUAUCACUCCAAAUACGAAGGCCAUCCAAGAAAGACUAUUCAAGCAAAACACAUGUUCCUCUACUACGCAUGUAGCCCAGCAGCUCAAGCAGGAACGUGAAAAAGAACUAGCGUGUCUUCGUGGUCGAUUUGACAAGGGCAAUUUAUGGAGUGCAGAAAAGGAUGAAAAGUCAAGAAGCAAACAGCUAGAUACCAAACAGGAAGUUCAUUGUCAGAAUACUCCCCUCAAGAAACAUCAGAUUGUUUCAAACACCCCGUCUUCUGUAACAGGAAAAGUGGCCGAAAAGCAAACGGCAGAGAAGACUUCUAGCACAGAGCCUGCAGGUUCCACUGAAGGCGAGAUGACAAAGUCCAGCCCUUUGAAAAUAACAUUGUUUCUAGAAGAGGAAAAGUCCUUACACUUAGCAUCAGACCCUACGGCCGAGCAGAGGACAGAAGUAGUACGUGAAAUUGAGAUGAGUGUGGACGAUGAGGAUAUCAAUAGCUCCAAAGUCAUUAAUGACAUCUUUAGUGAUGUCCUAGAGGAGGGUGAGCUGGAUGCAGAAAAGAGCCCAGAGGAGACGGAUCCGGUGGGAGCAGAGGACAGCGAAGAGCAGGAAGAUGCGCUGAAUAUCUCGUCGAUGUCCUUGCUCAGUCCGUUAGCUCAGACGGUUGGUGUGGUGAGUCUAGAGAAUGUAAUUUCUUCACCUAAAUUGGAAUUGAGAGACACUAGCGAAAGUGCUGAGAGUCCCAAGCCAGGAAAAUUCCAGAGAACUCGUGUCCCUCGAGCCGAAUCUGGUGACAGCCUCAGUUCUGAGGACCGUGGCCUUCUUUAUAGCAUUGAUGCAUAUAGGUCUCAAAGAUUCAAAGAGACAGAACGCCCUUCCAUAAAGCAAGUGAUUGUUCGGAAAGAAGAUGUUACUUCAAAGUUGGGUGAAAAGAAUACUGUUUCUUCUUGUCAAGUCAAUAUCAAACACAAGAUGCAGGAGCUCAACAAUGAGAUAAACUUGCAGCAGACAGUGAUCUAUCAGGCCAGCCAGGCCCUGAACUGCUGUGUUGACGAAGAGCAUGGGAAAGGGUCCCUGGAGGAAGCCGAAGCAGAAAGACUUCUUCUGAUUGCAACUGAGAAGAGAGCACUUCUGAUUGAUGAGCUGAAUAAGCUGAAGAGUGACGGCCCGCAGAGGAGAAACAAGGCUGGUGCCGGGUCGCAGAGGGAAUUUGUUCCUUCUAAAGGCUCCGUCACUUUGUCAGAAAUCUGCUUGCCUCUGAAGGCAGACUUUGUCUGCAGCACCGCUCAGAAACCAGAUGCAGCAAAUUACUACUACUUAAUUAUGCUAAAAGCCGGAGCUGAACAGAUGGUUGCCACACCAUUAGCAAGUACUUCAAACUCUCUCAGUGGUGACGCUCUGCCAUUUACCACUACGUUUACUCUGCAUGAUGUUUCCAAUGACUUUGAAAUAAAUGUUGAAGUUUACAGCUUGGUACAAAAGAAAGAUUCCUCAGGCUCUGAUAAGAAGAAGAAAGCAUCCAAGUCCAAGGCUAUUACUCCAAAGAGACUCCUCACGUCUAUAACUUCAAAAAGCAGCCUUCAUUCUUCAGUUAUGGCCAGCCCAGGAGGUCUCAGUGCUGUGCGCACCAGCAACUUUACCCUUGUUGGAUCUCACACACUGUCGUUAUCUUCCGUUGGAGAAACUAAGUUUGCUUUGGACAAGAUAAAUUUUGAUGUAAGAGAGCAGGAGCUACUGGGCUAUUUGUUCCAAGAAAAGGUACCUUUCUUAUCACCUUUGGAAGGUCACAUCUGUUUAAAAAUAAGCUGUGAAGUGAAUUCAAGUGUUGAAGAGAGAGGUUUUCUAACCAUAUUUGAAGAUGUCAGUGGCUUUGGUGCCUGGCAUCGAAGGUGGUGUGUUCUCUCUGGAAACUGUAUCUCCUACUGGACUUACCCAGAUGAUGAGAGGCGAAAGAAUCCCAUAGGAAGGAUAAAUCUGGCCAAUUGUAUCAGUCAUCAAAUAGAGCCAGCCAACAGAGAAUUUUGUGCAAGGCGCAACACUCUGGAAUUAAUUACUGUCCGACCACAAAGAGAAGACGACCGAGAGACUCUUGUCAGCCAGUGCAGGGACACACUCUGUGUCACCAAGAACUGGCUCUCUGCAGACACUAAAGAGGAGCGGGAUCUCUGGGUGCAGAGACUCAAUCAGGUUAUCGUUGAUAUUCGCCUCUGGCAGCCCGAUGCUUGCUACAAGCCUGUUGGAAAGCCUUAAGCCGAGGCAGCUGCCGUACCCUGGAGCGGUUUGG